AAUCGAAACCCACGGUGGGAUGAGACGAAGAUGGUUUCUUUCUCUCUGAUCUUGACAUCUUGCGAAGUAAAAGUUCAUAAAUGGCUUUUAACGAAGAGUAUUUGAGUGUUUACUGGCAAUUCUUUGGUCGUACGUGAUGUUUUUUGUCUGACCUUUGAGCUAAAGACAGUGGCGUGACUUGACGUUUGUUAUGAUUGGCUCAGACUUGGAAAAUUACUUACAGUACGACAAACACAAAUUAUUUCUCGUCUAAAAAGACUUCUACGCGUUUCUUUACGUAGUGCAGAAGUUUGAGCUAUGAAAUGUUGUUUCAGUAACGACUAAGGGACUUCAUGGUGCUUUUAGUAUUGUUUUAGAAUUUAUUUUUUGAGAACAAAAGAGCAAUAACAAGAAUAAUGUCGACCUACAGCACGGCUUUGCAGUUGGGAGCGACUAAUGGAAGAACUGUCUUGUAUUCGUUGCUGUUUAUCACGAUAGAAGCUUGUGUUUGGUUGUACGAAGUGUGGAAGAGAGUAUCAGUAUGGUUUUUGAAUUGUCAAAUUUUGAUCAUAACAAGAUGGAUGUAUUUGAAUCCUGAUUUGAGAAUAUUUGUAGAUGACAUUGGUUUAUUUAGAGUGUAUAAUGUGAAAGUAAAAUGGAAGGAUGAAGUCAUUCUUAGUGUUGAGGAACUUCAUGUUAGUUUGGAAUGGAAGCUAACAAACUUGAGAAAUGUGUCUUUCAGAUUACAUGUGAAAAACCUGUUUAAGAAAUUAGAUAGCCUUGAAUUUAUGUUUACAUUCAACUUGUACUGGAGAAUUCUUCCAUCACCAUCAACCUCUACUGGUCUAGAACACAACCAAGAAUUAAAAGAUGAGAUAAAGCCACAGUUAACAAGACUUCAUGCAACUGAUGGCAGAAUUGUCAUGCGCCUUUCAAGAGAUUCUGUAUCAUCAAGACCGUCACCAAAAAUUCUUUUAAAGGUAAUGCAUAUUAUGAUUUAUAACUAUGUGCAAUAAUAUUUGAURAUUUUU